AUGGCCAGCUCCUCGACAACUCCCGCAACCACCUUCCAGUUCCCUCCUACCUACUCCUUCCCCCCAUUCUUCACCCCGCAACCCAACAGCGCAACACGCCUCUCCCAGCUCCAGAAAUGGUCCUCGCUCAUCCAGGCCUGGUGCCGCCACCACCGCACCUACCGUCUCUCGCUGAUUGAAGCGGUCGAGAGCCCGCUGUUCCAUAACGCCGCGUUGCGGAAACGGCUGGGUCUGAGCGAGGCGCGGGCGGUGCUGGACUGGAUGGCCAAGGCGGAGGAGGAAGGGGGUGGCGGGAGGAGGGCAGAGUGGAUUGACGGGGGGGAUAAGACGGCGGCGUGGAUCUGGUGGAGGAGGCCGGAGGAGUGGGCGGGGAUCGUGGCGGAUUGGGUGGAAGCGACGGGGCAGAAGAAUGUCGUGUUGACGGUCUAUGAGUUGUUGGAGGGCGAGGCUACCAUGUCGCAAGAAUGGCAUGGCAUGGAUACAGACGUCAUGCUCAAAUCUCUCAAUGUCCUUGUGAAACGCGGCAAGGCCCAGGUGUUUGGCAGCGAAGGCCAGGAAGGUGUCAAAUUCUUCUAG